AGGCUACAGUAUACAGGUAAUUCAUCGAUCGGCGGCUCCAUUUAUUGACUGCUAACUUCAUUCUUUUCUUUGUGCAUGCCUUCCUAAAUUCAGGUGAUUGCAUGAUCCAGACUGAUCACAAUGGCUAAUUGCAAAACCCCAGUGAGUAUCCUGCAAGAACUCUGCGCCAAGAAGGGAGUGACACCGGUUUACGACACCAUCGGCCAGGAGGGGGCGUCCCAUCAGCCAAAAUUCACUAUUCGCUGCACUGCGGGGGAUGUCGUUGGUAACGGGCAGGGGUCGAGCAAGAAGGUUGCCAAGCAGUCGGCAGCGGAGGACGUUCUUCAGCAGCUUGAUGUUGAAGUCCCUGCUGUGGAAGAUGAAGGAAGGUCUUUGAAAGACAACCCUGUGGGUGAGCUGCAGGAGUUGGUGACACUUCUGGGAUGGAGGAAGCCAGAAUAUGAGGCCUUGGAGGAGAGCGGACCACCACACAACAGACGCUUUGUCAUUGCUGUUUCUGUCGACAAGUACAAGGAGCAAGGUGUUGACCAGAGUAAACGCCUUGCAAAACGAGCGGCUGCUACCACCAUGCUUGAAGUUCUUCACAAGCUGCCCGCCGACAUCAACCCUGGCCUCAUCAACAGAAAGCCUAAGCAAAAGCACCCGAAGAUGCCUGGGCCUCAUCGACUAGCCAUCAAGAAUCUACCUCAAGCUGAAGGCAACUUCAUCCGUAGCCUCAAAAUGAACGCUCUCAAUUUCCCAGAUCCCUCCUACUCUAGCAUGCUCCAAGACCUGGGCCAGGAGCAAUCUUUCAAAGUGGAGCACGUCCCCCAUCGAGGAGCAGACCAAGGCCGGCCACUACCAGUGCUUCGUCAGGCUCCACACCGCACCCGUCACCGUCUGCUUCGCCAACGGCCUCUCCCGCAACGACGCCAUGGAAACGGCAUCCCACAAUGCACUGCAGUACUUGAAGGUCAUGGCGACGAAAGUGCCUGCGCCGGCCAAGGCGAGUGCCGAAUCAAAUGGACAGAUGCGCAUUAAAGCCGAACCCCGCUGAUAGAGGCUAUAUCGAUAUUUUGUUGCCCGGCGAAUGUCAGGGUGGAAGGAUGCGCAUGUGCGGCGAUUUUCGAUUCCAGCACAACUGGCAUGAGAGCAUUAUCUCCGUUGCGCACUAUGCAAAAUGCUAAACGUACUUUGCAUGAGUAAGUUAGAAUCCUCCUGUCUGAACUGGGAAUUGACGUACAUGUAUGCAUCCUAAGGCCCUCAAAGUCAGUCAGGCAACAAUUUAUUUUGUUCCCUAACCCAAUUGGUUCCACCUAUAGUGUAUUUAAAGAGUCUACAUUGCAUAGGUCACUUCAUGGAACUUUACAUAGGUUACAAAUACAAAAAUUAGCUAUUAAUGCUAAUUCUGCUUUUGAAAAUGUUGGUAUUUUGACAAGUAAUUGACAAUUUCAGUGAUAUAUUGUUAUUUUAAUUAUAUAUUAGACUAGGGAUUUCCCUAAAAGUGUAUAUUUCAAACAAUUGAAUUUCAAUUUAAUGUGAUGGGAAAUUUUGCAGUGUUCAGUAACCCACAGUGUAAGUUAUUAGAGUUCCAUGAAAUGGCAUUAGUAUCUCUCUCUCUCUCUCUUACUGUAAUGGGUCUACCAAAUGGUAUUCUUAAUUUUUUUUUUGUUGAUAGACCACCAGAUAUGUGCUUUCCAAAGCCUGCCUCAAACUAUGCAAUCUGCUUUGAGGGAAGUACUACCAAGUUACAAUAUGCAACAGCGAGUGGGUAGGCUACGUCCUGAUUGAGUUGUAUCACUGCAUAUGAUUUUUUUAUCAAGAUUAUGCUCAUGAUCCAGGAUGAAAAGCAAAAUUAGUUUCAAAUCUUAGACGAUUCCAUGACUGCACCACAGACUUCACUUCGGUUCGGACUAGUAAGGACUUGUUUCAUUCAAGAAUGAUUAUGAUGACAUGAUGCCUAGUUUUAUUUAUUAUUCUCUUUGUAUUACUAUUUAGAACAUCAGCAAACAUAUUUUGUUGACCUUCGUGGCCCGUAUUCUAAAGUACAGUUAAACUUAGGCCAAGGUCUAAGUCUGUGCAAAGAUUAUGUGAAGCCUAACAUGUCCAAAAAAAAGUACUCAAACCACAACUAUGAACAGAGUUUGAAUCAAACCAGAGUUAAGAAUCUGUUCAUGAUUGAUAUGAAUAUUUGUAGUUAGGAUAAAUCUAUUUUGAUUUGUCCAACAGUAUGUUGUUGAGGCAAAUUUGCAGAAUUUGAAUGUAGCAUGAAAAAUCAAUCGCAAAUUCAAUAUACCCACUUCUGAUCGGCUGAAAUCAAGUUGAGUUUGGUUGUAACUCUUUGUGCUGCAGAUUGCUUAGUAUGAGGCAGGCUUUGCACGGUUCCAUGACAUUUGGUCCAGCGACAAUUGCUCCGCUCUGAAUUCACGCAAUAAUUGAAUGACCAACUUCAACCCUGGGUUUAAUACUAUACCCUCUCCUGAACCUUACAUAAAGCCCUAUUGCGAUCCUUACCCUACAUCUUAGAUUAUAUUAAGCCGAGAGCAAUUGUCGUAGGAGCAAAUGUUGUGUGAACGCAUCUUUUUGAAAUCCUUGGAGAAGUUUGGUCUGGCAGGAGAAUUGUUUAGAGAUAUUGUUAUUUGUACAUUUUGUGUAUAGAAAUAAGGAUGUCAAAUGCGGGAAAUUAUGAUGUAAAAUGUUAGCUGGUGUCUUUUCUUUUUUAGCCAGGCAGAAGGUCCCAAAGGUGGUCUGCCUGAAUCUAUUUUGGUUUGUUUUUUACGGUUGGGGGCCUUGAAUGUUGGUUUGAUAAUGUUGUAGAAAUUGAAAUUGAUAUAAAUGUAUAUUGCUUCAUUGAGAGGAAAUGAAUUCCACUGACAAAUCAAAAAUUCAUGACGGAAUAAUUUUUUUCUGAUUAAUUAGUAUU